AUGCUUGACAAAACAGCAAGGGUUUUUCAGAGCUUUGCUAUAAGACCAGACGAACCUGGCUUGGGUCCACCAUUUUCUUUCGAGUCGUUUUCUUUUGCAUCCAUAUCACAAGCACUGGGCGGAACAUCAACGGCUGGAGAACAGUUGAAGAACCCCUAUUGGUUCAAGAAUAUCAUUUUCAACACAUACCUGAAGCACGAAGCCAAUGUGUUCAACGGGCAUAACAGGCCAGUCUUCCAGUCGAGGCAAUUGAGAACUAACCAGAGAACAAUAUCAGAUUCUUCCAGAGGGCGAUUCUUCUUCACCCAGGAAACCAAUCCUUCCCCAACACGUGGAUUCUGA